GGUAAACAUAGCAAUAAAAAAAGAAAAUAGUAGAGAGAAAGAGAGAGUUAUUUAUAAAAGGAAAUAGUAGUAAAUGAUAAUGAAGCAGCCGCCUUUUUCCCUUUCUUUUUCCUUUUGAGUUCCCAUUACCAUUUGACCUUUGCUGUCUUCCCCAUUUCAAUCCUCACCAUUCAAUCAACAAUUAUACCUUUCCGCUCAAAGAAAUGUAUGGGGUGGCUCCGCCGAGGAAUUCUGAUUCUGCCGGCGCCGCUGCCGAUUCUGCACCUGUUAUCCGGUCCUACCAGGCCUGGAAAGGCAGCAACAGAUUUUGCCUUCAAGGGAGGCUCAUCUUUGGACCUGAUGGUAGAUCUAUCUUUCUGACCAUAUUCCUCAUUGUUGCACCUGUUGCAGUAUUCUGUGUCUUUAUAGCUAGAAAAUUGAUGGAUGAUUUUGCUGGUGAUUGGGGGAUAUCAAUUAUGGUUGUAGUUGUUCUUUUCACACUCUAUGACUUGGUCCUCCUGCUCCUGACUUCUGCAAGAGAUCCAGGUAUUAUUCCUCGCAAUCCUCAUCCCCCUGAGCCGGAAAACUUUGAAGGGAACAAACAAGCUGGACCUGGGCAGACUCCACAGUUACGUUUGCCCCGUGUGAAGGAUGUAGAUGUCAAUGGAAUAAUUGUGAAAGUUAAAUACUGUGAUACCUGCAUGCUUUAUAGGCCCCCACGUUGCUCACACUGUUCAAUUUGCAAUAACUGUGUGGAACGCUUCGAUCAUCAUUGUCCUUGGGUUGGGCAAUGUAUUGGAUUGAGGAAUUAUCGCUUCUUCUUUAUGUUUGUUUUCUCGACAACACUCCUUUGCUUGUAUGUACAUGCAUUUUGCUGGGUGUAUAUUAGAAGGAUUAUGGACAGUGAGCAGAGUUCAAUCUGGAAAGCAAUGGCCAAGACUCCGGCCUCAAUUGUGCUUAUUAUUUAUACUUUUAUAUCUGUCUGGUUUGUUGGUGGGCUUACAGUGUUCCAUCUUUACCUCAUCAGCACAAACCAGUCAACAUACGAGAACUUUAGGUAUCGGUAUGAUCAGCGGGUGAACCCAUUUAAUAAAGGGACAAUUCAAAACUUCAUGGAGAUAUUCUGUACAAGUAUUCCUCCUUCAAAGAACAAUUUCAGGGCAAAGCUCCAGAAAGAGGCUGAGAUACAACCUCGUGUAGUAGGUGGUGGUUAUAGCCCAAACUUGGAGAAAACCAUGAGCGACAUAGAAAUGAGAAGGAAACCAGUUUGUGAUGAUGGGGUGACAAGCACUGGUGAAUUGGAAGGGCUGCCUAGAAAUGAUGAUCUCCUGGAUAAAAUUAACAAAAAAUCAGCAUCCAUAGAGCUAGAGCGAGACGGAGACGGAGAUGGGCGGAGCAUCUUACACCCUAGGCGGUCUAGUUGGGGAAGGAGAAGCCGGAGCUUGGAUCUACCACCUGAAAUUGCUGCCCUGGCAAUGGCAUCAUCAGAAUUUGGGAACUCCAAUCACACUAAUGUUAUCAGCUCAAUAACAGAAGAAGAAGAAGGGUAAGGAUAAUGGUGGAACUAACAAUAUAUCGCUUCACCCUUCAGAGAGCAAAAAGAAAAUGAACAAGAAUCAACACACAAUCCUCAAAUGUUAUGGUGGCGGCGUGUAUAUGUGUUUUAUAUUUUUCAUUAACAGAAUCUAUUAUCUUUAAAGUGUGAUUAUUCUGGUGGAACCAACCAACACUCACUCAAAUUUAAUUUUACAUCAAUAUCUACGAGUUUAUAUUGUACGGACUAA